GGGAGAGCUUUUAUUCGGAGUCCGGGCAUGGCGAGGCGGUCGUGGAGCUCGGGCAGACACACAAACCAAGUCUGAGGAGAGAAGGCGCACGCGUCGCCUGUGCACACCGAGGCCUGCACGUUCCCAUGUGUGGCAGCCGCAGCUUUAGAAAUGAAGAAAGUGGAGCGGAUCGGGAAGGUUGUUUACGCCCAUUUUGGGGCGCUCCGAUUUUGCAGCCGCGCUCACUCGCCACCUAGAACUCCGCUGUCCGUGGCCCGAGACCCAGUCCUCUCCAAAUCAGAAGAGCUUCCAGAGAACUGGACCGACACGAGGGAGACCAUUUUGGAGGGGAUGACCUUUAACCUUCGCCACCUUGGCAUGACUCUAGUAGACCAGCCCAAAGGAGAGGAGCUGUCGGCAGCGGCUGUCAAGAGGAUUGUCGCCACGGCCAAAGCCAGUGGGAAGAAGCCACAGAAGGUUGCCCUGAAAGUGUCUCCGCAGGGAAUCCUUCUGUAUGACCGACUCACCAGCAAGCUCAUAGAAAAUAUCUCCAUAUACAGGAUAUCCUACUGCACAGCAGACAAGCUUCAUGAAAAGGUGUUUGCCUAUAUUGCUCAGAACACCCUCAACGGGACCCUGGAGUGCCACGCGUACCUCUGCUCCAAGAGGAAAGUGGCUCAGGCAGUAACUCUGACGGUAGCCCAAGCCUUCAGCGUCGCGUUCGAGCUCUGGCAAGUAGCCAAAGAAGAGAAAGAGACGAGGAUGAAGUCCGGCUCAGCCGGCGAGGCCGGCGGCAGUCCCAAGUCUGAGAGAUCAAACAGCGUGGGCUGUCUCAAAGGGACAGAUGUUGCCACAGAGAACCUACUGGACUUUGAGGAGCAGCACAACUCUGUGGUACUAGAGAGCAAUGGGAAUGUUGAGGAGAGUCAAGUGGACAACCGCAGACCAACCGAGAACAACAAUAACCACCCUCCCUGGGAAACGGCAGAUGUUCUGGAUGAGGCCUUUUCGAGCUGUGCUCUGGACAGCUAUCGUUCAUCUCCAGACUGGCAGUGUCGCGUACUAACCCCCAGGUCCUGGACAUUGGGGUGACCUCCCAAGAAUGGCUGACGGGCCCCAACUGGGACAGCGCUAAUGGGAACACUCUGGACCACGCCAGUCCCACAGGGGACGAUUUCUUUGGCUUCUGACCGCUACAAUGCAGCAUGGAAAGACCGCGGCAAAGGUGGAUGGGGGGGGGGGGUGUUGCACUGAAGUCAAUGGGCCAAUUUGGAUGCAGUGCCAAGUGGUGGUUGAUCAUUUUAUUCCCUCUUUCACACUAUGAACAUCGCAACAAUGGUCAAAUCGGUUAUGGGUGAGGGUGAGUCCAUCACAGGAUUUGGGUGCACAGCCUUCAGUUUGCUUCUUUUUUUCUUCUUCUUCACCGUCUUGUUAUGGGACUUCCUUCCUUGUCAGUUUGGGGGUGACCCCCCCCCCCCACACACACACACCAAAGCAACAACACCAGUCCUUUACUGUUACUAGAUCACCUCUGUCAUUAUACUGUACUCAGUCUCACUAUUGGCGGUUUACUCUGUUGUUGCAUGUAAGCAUUUAUUUGUAUAUUUUGGAUUUCAGCAUCUUCCAUUAAAAUGAGUUCUGUAUGGAUAAGUUUAAAAAAAAUUUUUUUUUUGUCUUGCAUGGAUUAAGCCCAGGGCAUGAUGUAAUCCAGACUUCUCUAGAUACGCGGCGAUCAAUUUCUACGACGAACGCCGUGUCCUGCUAAGCGUUGAUGGUGAGAGAACAGCGGGGCGAUUAGCCGGGACACGAUGUGUUUGUUUAUAAAACGCUAAGGACAAAGUUAGGCGUGAGACGUAUCUGCAGAAUGAAUGGCUUUGUUGACACGAGACCUUGGUCUUGCCGUUUGUUUCGAAUAUGUGUUUGUUGGCUGGCGAGCAUCGUCAUGGGGCUGGUGGCUGGCGUGUGACCCCCCCCAUCGGUUAUAUUUAAAGUGAAAGUGUAGCGCCGCUGGCAGGAGGAUGUCUUUACCAUGUUGACGUGUAGCGUUGUAUUUGUAUUUCUACUC